CAGAGAGUGGAUUACGCAAAACGGGGAAAAAAGGACCUACGUAGCCGUAGGAACGUUGGGAUUCACGACUUGUUUCUGAAAUAAUGGCCCUCCGGAGAAUUUUAACUUCAGAUUUACUGAGGAAGGUUACUCAGCCAGUUGUUUUCUCACCAUGUAGAACCUUAGGAACGGUACCUGCAACAGAACUUUCUGAAAAGUCGGAUAUCGGUGAAAAGAAAGCUACAGGAAAGGUUGAAUUUAGUUGGAAAGAUGCUCUUAACCUCGAGAGCCAACUGACAGAGGAAGAGAUCUUGGUCCGGGAUCAGUUCAAAGCAUAUUGCCAAGAGAAGCUCAUGCCAAGAAUCCUAAUGGCUAAUAGAAAUGGAGAGUUUGACCGCAAUAUCUUCUAUGAGCUUGGUGCCCUUGGAGUGCUAGGACCAACCAUCAAAGGCUACGGGUGUGCUGGAGUAUCGUCUGUCGCUUAUGGUUUACUCGCCAGGGAGAUAGAGUAUAUAGACAGCAGCUAUAGAUCGGCGUUCAGCGUUCAGUCUUCGCUCGUUAUGCAUCCUAUCAAUGCAUAUGGGACGGAGGCACAGAAAGAGAAAUAUCUACCCAGGCUAGCGUCUGGUGAGCUGAUAGGAGCCUUUGGCCUGACAGAACCCAACCAUGGUAGCGACCCUGCUGGUAUGGAGACUAAAGCUGUCUAUAAUCCUUCAUCAAAGACAUUCACCCUCAAUGGGGCAAAGUCAUGGAUCACCAACUCGCCCAUCGCCGAUGUCUUUGUGGUGUGGGGGAAGAAUCAGGAGGAAGGGGGCAAGAUCAGAGGCUUCAUCCUGGAGAAGGGAAUGAAAGGUCUCUCUGCUCCGUACAUCGAUGGCAAGUUCUCACUGAGAGCAUCAGCUACGGGACAGAUCGUUAUGGAGGAUGUAGAGAUCCCAGAGGAGAAUAUGCUGCCCAAUGUGAAGGGUCUUGGGGGGCCGUUUGGUUGUCUGAACAACGCAAGGUAUGGAAUUGCAUGGGGCACAUUAGGGGCUGCUGAGUUCUGCUUGGAAACAGCAAGGCAGUAUACAUUAGAUAGGGUGCAGUUCGGUUCACCUUUGGCUAGGAAUCAACUGAUGCAGAAGAAGAUGGCUGACAUGUUAACAGAGAUCUCCAUUGGACUGCAAUCAUGUAUUCAAGUUGGAAGGCUGAAAGAUGAGGGAAAAGCCACACCCGAGAUGAUCUCCCUGAUCAAGAGGAACUCUUGCGGUAAAGCCCUGGACAUUGCUCGGGUAUCAAGGGAUAUGCUCGGUGGUAAUGGUAUCUGCGAUGAGUACCAUGUCAUCAGACACGUCAUGAACCUAGAGGCUGUCAACACAUAUGAAGGUACACAUGACAUCCAUGCCCUAAUCCUUGGCCGGGCUAUCACAGGACUCCAAUCAUUCACAGCAACCAGCAAAUAGACAUGACCCUUACCCUAGUGGAGCUUUUCAUAAAACAAGUAAUGAGUCAUUUUCACUGACAACUGUUAUAAGCUACCAAGAAUCCUUGCACCUGAUUGGCUAAAAAUAGAUUAGUCAGUGAAAAUCACUAUUUGCUUCAUGAGACACGAGAUGAUGGACUACUAUUCAACAAAAUGAUAUCUCAGUGGCUACAUGUCAUGAAGCUGUUGUGGAGAUUGGCAGGAUAUGACCUUUGACCUUGUCUUGUAUCCCAUGUAUCCACAGAAUAUAUUCUAUUUUAGCAGUUGUUCCUUUGUAUUCCUGUAUGCUGUAAUUUGGACACACAUCAGCUUUGUCCUCUGCAUUUCAAGAUAUUAAGCUAAAUGUAGCUUGGUUUUACAUCAUCAUUACACCCCAAAGGAUGUGAUAAUCCUGCAAUAUGACAAUGGAGACCUAGAAUAUAAAAGGGUGUUUAUAUCAGU